UCUUAUUGGGAAAAUUUUCUGAAAUAUUAGCUUCUCUUGUUUCAGGUUGGUUACUUGCUUGGAUUGGGUGAUCGACAUCCAAGUAACCUUAUGCUGCAUCGUUCCAGUGGGAAGAUAUUGCAUAUUGACUUUGGAGAUUGCUUUGAAGCAGCAAUGAACCGGGAGAAAUUUCCUGAAAAGGUCCCCUUUCGACUUACUAGAAUGCUUGUUAAAGCUAUGGAGGUCAGUGGUAUUGAAGGAAAUUUUCGCUCGACUUGUGAAAAUGUCAUGCAGGUUCUGCGUACAAAUAAAGAGUGUGUUAUGGCCAUGAUGGAG